AUGGGACUCCAACCUCAGGCUGAGGGUGCAGUCCCAUGGCAGCGUUCUGUGUUGCGUUUUGUGACUACACCUUCUAAAUCGCAACACAAAGCACUGUUAGGUUGGUUCCAGAAUGGACUGGACGCAGACGCGACGCAUCCCCAUUUGGUUAGCAUUGGGACACGUUGCGUUUUAGCUUAUUCUGGAAUGACCCUUAUGUUGUAUCUACAUGGUAAAGAUAACGCGAGACGCAACGCAAAACGCGCUAGAAAUGCAUGUGCUUCUAAAAGAGAUCUGAAAAGACCAAAGCGUCGAUUUGAUGAGGAUGAUGUUCUCCCCAGUUCAAAUGAUCAGCAAUCUACAACUCCGAGAAAACGCUCUAAGACGCAGUUCGUGGCUAAAGAUGUUGAUAGCAACAGCCCUUCUGCAGGAGCAGGCAAAAGCAAUUCUCACGUAAGACUAAAUAAGAACCUCGAAGACAGCAGUGAAGAGGAUAACAUUUUGAAAGAUCCUAAGACACAGUCCAAGACUAAAGAUCCUGAAAAAACUAACACUUCUGCAGAUCAGGCUGCUGCAGAUAAAGUGGAAAAGAUUUCGGACGAAACACUAAAUAACAACGGUGUACAAAAAGAACCCAUAACUAAUCAAAUACCUGGUCGAGGACGCGGUGGCAGAGGGUUCAGGGGAAGAUGGCAAAAUGGUGCUUCGAGAGGUAACUUUAGAUCUAAUUCAAGAGUUGGUCCGAGAAGCUUUCCCAGAGGUGGUCCAAGAGGUGGUUCAAGAGGUGGCUUUGCCAGAGGUUAUGGUGGCUGGAACCCAAAUUGGCAAGGGGGCUGGAACCAAGGCUAUGGGAAUAAUUGGAACUCUUUCUAUACUAACCAUCCGUUGCAGCCUGCAGCUCAAGUAGUACACUACCAUAAUGAUGUGUACUACAGAUGA